UAGACCUUCUCUCUCUCUCUCUCCCUCUCUCUCUAUACAUACAUCCCAUAUAUUUAUAAUUACUAUUAUCUCUCCAUCUUAUUUAAAUUUGCUUUGCCUUCAUUGUUACCCUACUACUAUUUCAUGAUUUCCCUUUAGUUUUUGUCAUCGAGCUGAGCUAGCUCGCUAGCUAUAAUUUGCUGCACUGCAAAAGCUUCUGGAUUUGGAUAUAAUAAUCUUUCCCUUUUGCUUUGUUUCCAUAUAUUUAGCGAAAGCACAGCAGCUCCUCCUCCGCCUCCGCCGCUGCCACCACCACCUCCUCCGAUCCGCAAUUUCCGGAACCUAUAUAUACACUAUAUAUUUUUAUAAUAAAAAAGAAAAAGAAAAAAAGAACACAAGAUACCCUUCAAUGGAUAUCUCUUCUUCAUCCUCCUCCUCCACCACCUCAGAACGGGUUUGUUACGUUCACUGCAAUUUCUGCACCACCAUUCUUGCGGUUAGUGUUCCAUGCAGCAGCAUGUUCACCAUUGUGACAGUCAGAUGUGGGCACUGUGCUAAUUUGCUUUCUGUUAAUAUGGGAUCUUUGCUUCAGCCUCUCCCUCUUCAUCAAGAUAUCCAGAAUGAGCAGAAGCAACAACAGUCCAACAAUGAAGAUGGCAGCGGAUCAUCAUCGUCUUCUUCAAAAUGCAACAAAUUUGCUCCCUUUGACUCUCCUGAACAUGAACAGCAACCCAGGCUCGCCCCCAUUCGCCCACCAGAGAAAAGACAACGAGUCCCUUCUGCUUACAACCGAUUCAUCAAGGAGGAGAUCCAGAGGAUAAAAGCUAGCAAUCCAGAUAUUAGCCACCGGGAAGCUUUCAGUACUGCUGCCAAAAAUUGGGCACAUUUUCCGCACAUCCAUUUUGGACUAAACCUGGAUAACAACAAGCAAGCCAAGAUAGAUCAUGCAGUUGGAGGUGAAGGGCCUCAGAAAUCACUUGGUCUCUACUAAGAAAUAACAUUUCAAGAUCUACCAGCUUAUAUUACAUAUAUAUUAUAUAUAUAAAUAAAAGGCUCAUAUAUAUAUAUAUAUAUAUAUAUAUAUAUAU